AGAAAUCGUUUGUAAAUUUGGAAUCUUUCUCUCGUUGUUUUGCUUCUGAGGAUUGCCAUGGAGAAGCAAAAUGAGGGGAAAUCUACAGAUGCUGAAACGAGCCAAAGUCAAUUAGUGGAUGAUUCAAAGGUUGAAACUUUAGAUGAUUGUGUUUCAAAGGCACAAGGUUUGAAGGAAGAAGGGAACAAGUUGUUUCAGAAGAGAGAUUAUGAUGGUGCAAUGUUUAAAUAUGGUGAAGCUAUCAAGAUACUUCCUAAGGAUCAUGUAGAGGUGUCUCAUGUUCGAGCUAAUAUGGCUUCUUGUUAUAUGCAAUUGGAACCAGGCGAGUUUGCGAAAGCGAUUUAUGAAUGUGAUUUAGCACUUAGUGUUACUCCUGAUCAUAGUAAAGCAUUGUUGAAAAGGGCAAGAUGUUAUGAGGCAUUGAAUAAGUUGGAUUUGGCUUUGAGAGAUGUUUGUAUGGUUUCGAAACUGGAUCCCAAGAAUCCCAUGGCAUCCGAAAUUGUUGACAAGCUUAAGAGAACUUUAGAGAGCAAAGGGUUAAGGGUUAAUGAUUCAGUGAUAGAGUUGCCUCCAGAUUAUGUUGAACCUGUUGAGGCUUCCCCUGCAGCACUGUGGGCUAAACUAGGCAAGUCACGAGUGAAGAAAACCAAAAAGAGCAAUCAAGUGCAAGAGAAGAGCGAGGGUGAGAAUGUAGAGACUGAGAAGAAGAACAUUGUUGCAGCUGAAAAAGGCAAGGAAAAGAUUAUCGAUAAGCAGAGCAAAAAAAAUGGAAAAGGGAAACAGUUGGAUAAGAGAAGUGAUAUGAGCAAGGAAAAGGAAAAAGUGAUAAUUGAGGAGGAACUUCUGGUUGUAGGUGUAGAAGAUGUAAACAAGGAUGUGAAAUUCGUAUACUCUGACGACAUAAGAUUGGCUGAGUUGCCUAUAAAUUGCACUCUCUUUAAACUUAGGGAAGUUGUUCAUGAGCGUUUCCCAAGCUUAAGAGCAGUUCAUAUAAAGUACAGGGACCAAGAAGGAGAUUUAGUGACAAUCACAACAGAUGAAGAGUUAAGAAUGAGUGAGGUGUCAUCAAGGUCACAGGGCACUAUGAGGUUCUAUGUAGUGGAAGUUAGUCCUGAGCAGGAUCCCUAUUUUGGAAGAUUAGUUGAGAUGAAGAAACUCAAAAUUACCGCUGAUUCUUUUAAAGCAAAGGUAUACGGAAGAGGUGGAUGUAAAGUUGAAGAUUGGAUGAUUGAAUUUGCUCAGCUUUUUAAGACCCAGGCCAGAAUUGAUUCUGAUACAUGCUUGAAUCUUCAAGAACUUGGGAUGAAACUUAAUUCAGAAGCUAUGGAGGAGGUGGUAACUUCCAAUGCAGCUCAAGGUCCUUUUGACAGAGCGGCUCAUCAAUUCCAAGAAGUGGCAGCUCGAUCAUUGUUAAAGUUGGGAAAUGUGCACAUGUCGGGGGCAAGGAAAAGGUUGAGCCUCCUACAGGGUGUUUCUGGAGAAUCUGUUUCUGACCAAGUUAAAACUGCUUAUGAAUGCGCUCAGAAGGAGCACGCAAAAGCAAAAGAAAAGUAUGAAGAGGCCAUGAAAAUAAAGCCGGAGUUUUUUGAAGUCUUUCUGGCGCUAGGUCUGCAGCAGUUUGAGGAAGCAAGACUUUCAUGGUAUUAUGUACUUGUCUGUCACCUUGAUUUGAAAACAUGGCCAUAUGCAGAUGUAGUACAGUUUUAUCAAAGCGCCGAAAGCAAUAUCAAAAAGUCUAUGGAAGUGUUGAAAAAUUUGGAAACCAAAAAGGAAAGUGAGACUUCUCAAGCAGGCAAAACCGAUUGCCUGACACAUGAAAAGGUGCCGGGUAGCUCAACUCAAAAUAACCCAGCAAAAGAAGCAGGAAGGCUAAAGUCAUGGAUAGAUAUUUUAUUAUGUACUGUACUUUAUGAGAAAUCAAUCAUGGAGUACAAACUUGACCAUCCAUUCUGGAGAGAGAGUUUAGAAGCUGCAACGGAGAAAUUUGAGUUAGCUGGAACUUGUAGGGAUGAUGUUGUUGCGAUAAUAAGUGAAGAUUCUGUGGCAGGCAAUACAUUACGAGAUCUAAGGAUUCACGUGGAAGAGAUAAUACAGAUUUUUAACGAGAUAUAUGAAGCAAAACAUUGGACAAAUGGGAUCCCAUCAGAGCAGUUGGAAGAGAUACUAAAGAGAAGGGCUGAAAAUAUCUUUCAUGUGUCAAAUAUAGCAAUCCAACGUGGUUGAAGGGGUUUCCAUGACAAAGUGUCUCACAAUGACUUUGGUCAUUAUCUUGAUCAAGCUUCAUUUCAAGGUUUUUGUCUUGUGGUUAGGGUACCAACUUCAGAUUUUUGUAGACAGAAAGAAACAUAUAUGUUCUCUUUUGUUUGUGUAACAUUUAUACCAUUGAUUUUGGCGAGGAGUGAAGCAAAGAUAUCAUGCAGAUUCUUCUUCUUCUUCCACAGGGUGAGUUGUGACUUUAUUCAUUGGUUUCUAACUCAAAUUGCAUCUGGCUUGAAACAUUCAUACACAAACAACAAAUUGGCUUCUUCUUUUUUUCCUUUCAUUUUCCUAUUUUUGGGACCUUCGCAAGAUUUUGGUGCGGAGUCAGUCAUUGUCUUGUAAUUCGUUGUUACAUAUAAAAUGUAAUGAUGUGU